AUGGCUGGUUCGACAACCAAGAACACAGUUAAUAAUCGAACUCAUACUGACGAGCUUCGUGAAAUCAGUUCAACCCAUGGUUCAUCGAUUCAACGACCUGAAGAGAGAAGACGGCUUUUGAUAUACUACCGUAUCAUUCGCGAUAGAAUGAUCCGCUUCGGAGAGGACUUUGAGGUUGCCGCUCACCGUGUUAAUUUCAAUAUCCUCUUUUAA